CCUAUAUAUACGUGGACAUGCCUAGGACACUAAAUGAAUGGGUUCGCCAGUUAUUUGAAGAGCGGACCGUGUAUGAUUCAGUGGAUCGCAAUGAAAGCUCGCUGAAUAUGCCUGGACAUUUUCCGGGGGGUCCUGAUUGUGGGGCAGUAGGUCUGAGUGGAGAGUCAGUUGAACCACAUAAUAGAAAUUGGUUCAACUCCAAAGCAUUUGAAUCAUAUAUGCGUAGUACGUGGCGCUGGUUUCAGUUUCUUGUCCUUAAGCCGAUUAUUAUUGUGAUGUUAUUCAUAUUCCGUCUCUUGGCAAUAGUUCUCAAUGUGGUAUAUUUCAGAGAAGCACAUUCUAGUCAUGUUAUUAAUGGUACUCACAUUAAUCCAAUAGAUAAGGCAAAUAAAUUCGUGUGUGAUCUUGAAGACAAUUUGCCUGUAGAGCCUCAGUAUUCUCAAUAUUCAGCAUCUACUGUGGAAGCAAGACUCCCUCCAUUCUACAAAAGAAGUUACACUCUGGCCCUUUAUAUGGCAACCAAUCGUGCCAUGUUCUUGUUUGUAUAUGUAACAUCACCUCAGAACGAAAAUUCUUCAUCAAUUUUCAAUAAGAUUAUUUUGAACCCAGAUUUCAUCUCAUUAUUUCAUGAGAAUAGUAAUACCCUCAUUUGGGGUGGUGAUUUAAUGAAUCCUGAGGCUUACCAGCUAGCUAAUAGUUUGAAUGUAACAAAGUUCCCAUUCCUUGGGUUGCUUUGUCUUACUAGGACUACCACUAUGACCCCACAGGGUUCAGUCAAGACUCUGCCGAAAAUUUCGCUCAUUCUGAAAAUACAAGGUGGGUUAUCAGCUGAUAUCAAUCCUCAUUUAUUGAUUGAUACUAAAUUCAAAAGGAAAAUGGCCAAAUAUGAAGCAGAACUUUCCUUGAUGCGUAACGAUCUCAGGGAUAAAUUUAUGAGCAAGGCACUUCUCAAGCAACAAGAGUUGAAUUACCUGACUUCAUUGGCCUUGGAUAGGGCUAAGAAGUUGGAACGACAACGUGAAGCCCUUAGAAAGGAAUAUAUAAUAUGGAAGACACUGUAUUUUAAAGAUUUGAUUGAAAGAAAUGCAAAUGGAGGUGCUAGAGGAGAUACUGCAAGAGUGGGUAUCAAAUUACAAGAUGGUACCAGGAAAAUGAUGCAAUUCCCUGCAGACAGCCCGGUGGAAGAUAUAUUCGCUUUUACUGAGAUUUCUCAAGCAGGAUUACUAGAUGAAACAGUCUCUACAAGUGCUACAUCUGCAGAUGAAAUUAGAAGGAAACUUGCCAAUUUCCAGCCAACAUUCAAGUUUAAACUCGUGUCACCAGUGCCACCAAAGGUGGUUCUUAAUGAAUAUCUCAAUGGCCCCGCUGGCGUGACGAUCAGAGAUAUUGACUGUAUAUAUCCCAACGGUUUACUCUUGUUGGAAUCUUAAUAAAUUAGUAAAUUCCAGUUCUUACAACUUAAUAAAUUUCUUCUUCUUAUUAUUUUAUUAUUAUUAUUAUUAUUCUUAAUAGACUAUAUGUGCA